AUGGGAAAGGAAGACUUUCAUAUGAUCAUCAUUGUCAUUGGAAAUGUAGAUUCAGGCAUGUCUACCAUUACUGGUCAUCUGAUCUACAAAUGUGGUGGGAUUGAAAGAACUAUUGAAAAAUUUGAGAAGGAGGCUGCUGAGAUGGGAAAAGGCUCUUGCAAGUAUGCCUGUCUGGACAAACUGAAAGCUGAAUGUGAAUGUGGUAUCACCAUUGAUAUCUCCCUGUCGAAAUUCAAGACCAGCAAGUAUUAUGUGACCAUCGUUGAUGCCCCAAGACACGGAGACUUUAUCAAAAAUGUGAUUAGAGGCACAUCUUAGGCUGACUGUGCUGUCCUGAUUGUUGAUGCUGGUGUUGGUGAAUUUGAAGCAGGUCUCUCCAAGAAUGGACAGCCACCAACUUUCAAUGUUACAACUGAAGUAAAGUCUGUUGAAAUGCACCAUGAAGCUUUGAGUGAGGUUCUUCCUGGGGACAACGUGGGCUUCACUGUCAAGAACGUGUCUGUCAGAGAUGUUCACUGUGGCAAUGUGGCUGGUGACAGCAAAAAUGGCCCACCAAUGAAAGCAGUUGGCUUCACAGCUCGGGUGAUUAUCUUGAACCAUCCAGGCCAAAUCAGUGCCGGAUAUGCACCUCUGCUGAAUGGUCACACAGCUCACAUUGCCUGCAGGUUCGCUGAGCAGAAGGAGAAGAUUGUCAUUCUGGAAAAAAAGCUGGAAGAUGGUCCCAAGCUCUUGAAAUCUGGUGAUGUUGCCAUCGUUGAUAUGGUUCCUAUGUGUGUUGAGAGCUACUCUGACUAUCCUCCUCUGGGCCAUUUUGCUCUUUGUAACAUGAGACAGACAGUUGCUGUUGGUAUCAUCAAAGCAGUGGGCAAGAAGGCAGCUGGAAGUGGCAAGGUCACCAAGUCUGCCCAGAAGCUCAGAAGGCUAAAUGAAUAUUAUGCAGAUGGAAGAGUGAAAUCCAGCCAUUUACGCAGACCCAACCACUCCACGAAAAUGGCCUCCAUGUUCCCGAUGGAAGCUUCUCCAUCCUCACCCUGGGCUUUCCUCAGGUUGGACACAGUGAAUCACUGUUCCUACCGCUCGGCUCCCAGGACACCACUCUCUCUUCGUUUUCCUCCUACUUCACUGGCCACUCCUUUUCUCGUGGCAUGCCCACACCUUAAACUUACUUCAGGAUCCAAGAAAAGUGAUGGUAGAUCUCCAUUCUCUAUUGCCUUUCUCACACCCUACAAAUGCCGUCUCAUGCCUGGUAUUCCGGCUAUUCUGAAAGGUUGUUAUCUCCUUCUGGCUGUAACUUGCAUUUUUCUAAUGACUGAUGAUAAUGGCAACAAUGACAAUGAUGAUGCUCCCCAGGCCCUCGGUUAUGGGCAGCAGCAGCGAGCUCUGUGGCUGGCUGUUGAUCUAGACAUCCAAAUAAGAGAGCACCUCCAGGACGUUUUCACUGUGGACUGGGCACACUGGACAUGA